CGUGAUCCGAAGUCCUCCAUUGGCUGGAGCCCUUCUCGUUUUCCAUUACAGUUUCCGUUUCCAGCGAAUCUGAACACUCCUUCAUCCAGUUGUGGAGCAGGUUUCCACUUUGGGUUGCCUCUCGGAGGUUAAUCCUUUGACAUCAGCAGAUGCACCUUUUGAUCCAGGCUGUUGUCUUCGGGUCGAAGAAAUGGCUGAUUGCGAUCGAGAACAAACCUUUUUCUUUUAACUUUCCUUUCCUUUCCGUUCAGGGUAUGAAGCCCAUGACAGGUCAAGAUGGUCCUUUUCGUGACACAAGCUAUGUCCAUUGUUGGGAUUCGUCCGAGAAUCGUACAUUUUCAUCGCUUCUUCGACGCAUCCAGUCUGCGUGGAGUCCGAAACGCGCGCAAUUUGCGUACAUGGAAUCAAGAAACGAAUCGACUUACUGACUUGAGAAGUCGACUGCAGUCCCAGAUCUAAGGCCUGUCCGCAAACCAAGAUUUGUGGUACUGGAAAGAUCUACGUAGACACACGGACUGCUCUUGAAAGUGUAAGAUUUGGAUCUUUCGUUCGCGUGCCUCGCUCGGAAGUUGGCUCACCGUCACACAUAGAGAACCAGCUAGCAAAGGUCCUUGAUCAUCAUAAUUAGGAUCCAUUCGGUGGAGACUGGUGGGCUCGCUUAACCCACCCGUCUCUCUAGCACUGUGAAGCUUGACGCAAAGUGAGCAUCAAUAAUGUCGAACAAUGAGAGUGACGAAGCUUGUUGGUGGACGAUGUGGGAGAUGUGUCUUGCAUGUAGAGUAGGAUUCGAUCAGAUUUUUCCAACGAGAAUACGGGCGAGGGUCUCCUGGAAGCCCAGGGACACUCAGCUCGGAGCUGUGAACAUUCGACAUGACUGUCACAAAGCCUCCAGAAAGGUCAGUACAGUCCACCGAGUCUCAUGGGUCGAAACAUUUUUGUAAGCCAUUUUGGCAAAGAUGUAGAUGCGGAGAGCUCUGAGACUUUCUCAAAGUGAGGCUAAUCUUCUGCUCUGCGUACGAGCCCACGUACACCCGCACGUGCUCUGCUCUGAUCCAAUCGAGCUGAUUCCCGGUAGAUCAUUGGGAAGAUGAUAUGCCAUAAGUUUCCCAAUAAUUGGGUGAGAGAGACUAAGCGACCAGUAAAACGGGGUUGAUUUUAUUCUCAGCUCCCACAAUUCUCGUGGGUGAAUCCGUUGUUGCCCCAGGGUCCGGUUCCGUUGCAAAUUGAUUGACCCGGUGCGCUGAUGAGGACGCACACAUCUUGCCUUGAGUGGCGGGUCAGUCGCCAUGUGUUGUUGGUGUGUUCUACAUCACACUGCGUGUGCAUCGACGUUCUUCAUUCGAUUCCUGUGCAUCUAGCUCGUUACGCUUACGCAUCUGCCCGUUUCGCAAGAUUCUCCAUCUGAAGAAGAGAACCGAACAUCUCCGCGAUCCCACUGUAGGUUUGGCGCUGUUAAGAUGUGCACUCAUGAUGAUCAAAUCAGGAUGUCGUUCGUUUUCCUUCCCCUGCGCUCGCUCGACAUCAAGCCUGUUUCAUGAUUUUGACUCUUUCUACAAGUGUACCAUGGUCCUCCACGACUUAUCUAUCUAUACUAUAAUUCGCUUUCGCAGCUUCGAGUUUCUAAAAUUGCAGGACAUGAUAGCAAGCAUGUGGGAGACGAUGAAUACUUCACGAUAAUGCCCGAUGUUAUCCAAUUCCCCGUCACUGUAUCCCUGUCUGUAUCGACCCGAGACCAACGUGAACCAGAGAUAGACAGAGCCAUUCUCCAUCCCCAGUGGAGACUCUGUACCUACCUUAUCGAAGUCACUCCCUCACUCAGUUCACACGCGUGCACACGGCGGUAAUCAAGUGCGGAACCAUUUGGUGUCCCUUUACGGUCUGAGUGGUAAUGACCGCAUUAGGUUGGAGACCGAGGGAGGGUCCCUUGUGCUUGCAAGAGGCCUUGAUGACUGCAGUCGCAAAGUUCCGCAUUGCUCGGGAGUGACAUUGAUCCAAGGGAUUGGGAGCUUCUGUAGCCCUGUACAGAAGUGUAUAGUGAAGCCUCUGGCACAACCCCUUGGUGAACGAGGACUAAUAAACAUCAAGAAGAAGAACUGGAAAGCCAAGAUUCUGUUGUUGAGAUGUUGAGGAAUGGUCUCGAUGACAUUUUCGAAUCCUGGCAAUCGGAAUCUUGCAUUGAACACCCUCAUGAAAAUCUUUGCACUACGUUCGUUUUCGUAUGUAGUCAUCAUGCGAAGUCUACCUCGAAGAAAUUCGUGGAAGCCAAUUUUGUGUGGGUUUGUACAGUUCGAUCGGAAGGAUACAUGUAGGCAGAUAAGGAGUAAGUCAAGUGCUUGUACUGUUGUCAUACCAUUUGAGGUUUGGCACAAUUUUCACCUGCAGGGUAUAGCCACAAUUUUCUCCACUGUGACAGGGCGUGCAAGUAGUUGAAAAGGCAUGGUGACGAAGGAAGUCGAUGUAGGGUCUGAUCGUGUGAGGUAGUAAAUUCGUGUGACAGCUACAUCACUGUACUUGCUCUUAUCAACUCGCCAUCGACAGGUUGGUUCUGCUCAGAUGCAAAGGGGAGCUUCUGCGUCGGAGUGGUUUCAGGAAUCAGGAUGUGUGUCUCCAUCCGUCGGUUUCGGUUGCUCGGGCCCGAUUGGUGUGAGCCGGGAACGGGAAGGUCACCGAGUUCCCUCCUGAGGAUGUAGGCUUGUAUUGUAGCAUGGUCUGGACAAAGACUCGGGGGACGAGAUGUUGGUGCUGAUAUAACUUCUCCUGUACUGUUCUUGUAGCACGUACAGGCAGUGGUGAUCACAGAUGUGCACAGCCUACGAACGGUGCUGCGAUGGGAAGUUCUAAAGUCUCUGACGGCUGUGGGUCGGUCUGUCCGCUCGUACAUGUCGUAAAGAAUGACUUAGCCGCUUCUUGCAACUUUCGUGCGGACCUGAAUGAUGGUAGAGAUGCAGGAUCUGUCUAGGAGCGAGAGCUGUAGCCUGCGGCCGAAACAUGGAAAGUAUCAGAGGCACGUGAGUGAGACCAGUGGUCCUUCUCCGCCAGCUUUCAGUGUUUGCAAGAUUCAGACUUGUAGAUGGAAUCUGAUCUCGACCAGACAAAUUGUGCAGAAACCUCUUCCACUGCAUAUGCAUAAUACGUCUGUGAGCACAUGCCCGAAUGUCGAACUGGAAUUGGGCGUAGCUAGAAUUGGCAUGCUCGGCAGAUGAAACUUUUUGCAUGGGAACUUCACAAGUCUGACGAUCGGACUCGGAUACGAAAAAAUUAAAUUCAUGACAUCGAGUUUGAUUCUAAAUGAUUUAGCUGAUUAGAAGCUUCCAGCAAGCUAUUGGCUGCACUAAGGAGCCUAUUAUUGAGCCACAACGAGGGACGGAGGGAGAUAGGCGAGGUUUUCAUACUUAGCUCUUCGAUCAGCUGCCAUCUACGUUCAUUGUCUAAUUCCACAUGUGUGCCUCGGUAAUUCGCUGAAACACAAAACUGCUUUUGCUUCCUUAUAACGAUUCUCCUAUCUCAUAUAGAAGGUCGCAGGAAAAUAAUAAAAAGACCC